CCGCUCGACUCGACCACGGCGCAUUUACUACACCGCCCCUAUUCGACACAACACAAAUCCGCCCUACGAUCGCGCUGUGCGCCGCAUCCGAAACAAGCCUUGACAAUGACCGACUACGGUUAUGGAACAGCCGAUGAAGAGCUUGCCGAAGUCAGAAAGCUUGAGGCCGAGGUGCAGACCAGUCCGGAUGACUUUGAGAACUGGGAAAAGCUGGUCCGCGCAGUAGAAGGUCUUGAGGGAGGUCUGAACAGAAAUUCGAGCCCUCAAGCCAUUACGGCCGCCAGAAGCAUUUACGAUCGCUUCCUUGCAAAGUUCCCCUUGUUCUUUGGAUACUGGAAGAAGUACGCCGACCUGGAGUUUGCCAUUGCGGGCACCGAAGCGGCCGAGAUGGUAUACGAGCGCGGUGUGGCCAGCAUUGCCAUCUCGGUCGACCUCUGGGCCAACUACUGCAGCUUCAAGGUCGAGACAACACACGACGACGGUGUCAUUAGAGAGUUGUUUGAGCGAGGCGCUGCCUGUGUCGGCCUGGAUUUCCUGGCUCACCCCUUCUGGGACAAGUACAUCGAGUUCGAGGAGCGCGCCGAGGCUCACGACAAAGUCUUUGACAUCCUCACCCGCAUCAUCAAUAUUCCCAUGCACCAGUAUGCUCGCUACUUCGAGAAGUACCGCCAACUGGCUGCCUCACGCCCCGUGACCGAGUUGGCACCCGCAGACCUCCUCAGCCAGUUCACCGCCGAGCUCGAGCCUGAGACCAAGGGAAAGAGCCAGAUCGAGGCUGAGCGUGCAAUGCGCGCUCGCCUGGAUACCUACCACCUCGAGCUCUUCCACAACACUCAAACGGAGACGACCAAGCGCUGGACCUACGAACAAGAGAUCAAGCGCCCCUACUUCCACGUUACCGAACUCGACGAAGCCCAGCUCGAGAACUGGUCGAAAUAUCUCGACUUUGAAGAGAGUGAGGCCGAUUACACACGCACCACUUUCCUGUACGAGCGCUGCGUCGUUACAUGUGCACACUACGACGAGUUCUGGCAGAGAUACGCGCGCUGGAUGUACAACCAAGAUGGCAAAGAGGAGGAAGUACGCAUCAUUUUCCAGCGCGCCAGCUGCAUCUACACCCCGAUUGCCAGACCCGCUAUUCGUCUUCACUGGGCUCUCUUCGAGGAGGCCUGCGGUAGACCAUUUGUUUCCGCCGCCAUCUACGAAGCCAUACUUGUUACACUACCUGGAAACCUGGAGGCUAUCACCCGUCUGGCCAACCUCCAGCGCCGCCAGGUCGGCUACGAUGCCGCUGUGCAGAUUUAUGAUCAAUACCUCGCUGACGCUGAAUGCUCGAUUGAUGACAAGGGCGCGCUUGUCGUCGAGAUGGCCCGAUUGGCCUGGAAGUCAAAGGGCGAUGCUGUCGAAGCACGCGACAUUCUAUCACGCCAGCAGCACAUCUUCGUAGACAGCCCGUCUUUCUGGGCCGGUUACCUGAACUUUGAGAUCGAUCAACCGACGACUGCAGGAACCGCAAUCGAACAAGCUGAGCGUGUAAAGGCGCUUCAUAGUGAGAUUCGUCAAAAAACCCGCCUGAGCCCGGAAGUCAUCACGGAGCUCUCGCAAAAGUACAUGUCAUACCUCACCGAGAAACAGAGCAAGCUCGCAGCCAGAGAGUAUCUCGAACUGGACUCAUUAGUCAACGGACCUGCUUCUGUUACCAAGGCUAGAAGUACCGCCGGCGCAAAGGGAGCAGUUGCUUAGGCAAUUGCUCGUUACGAUGCCCUCGAGCCAAAAUAAACAGCAGCGUCCACUGCGAACACAAGCGUGAUGCUUCGCUUUCUGACUCCUCGACACAUGAAUGUUGAAUUGGCUUUCAACCAGCCAUUCCCAACAUCUCUGUCGAACACACACUCGACUUACGAUAUGCAUCGCCAGUUCGACAAUGCAUCAUGUUGGAAUAUAGCAAGGCAAUGACAGAAAGCGGCGAACUACAGAAAUUACAACCCGCAUCAGCUUCGCGUGGAGGAUAUCAGCAAGCAUACCGGAGUUCAUAGCAAUCAAAAGUAAAUAAUGAGAGAUACACCCCUCGCUCUUGA